AUGUGUAUCAGGCAAGUGGCAAACAAUAUCAACGAUGUGGAGGAGUUUGGGGAUCUGCCUGGGGAACUGCGGUUGCGGCUCAGCCAGAUUCUGAGCAAGCGGCGGAUGCUCACGCCGCGGACCCUGGGACUCUUUCUGCGCAGUGACGUCAACACGAUUGAUAUCUUCGAUGCAGCUAAACUGGAGGAAGAGGACUUUCACAGGGUGUUUGCGACGAUGCCGUUCCUGGAGCGAGUCAACCUAUGCUGUGCAGGACAGCUCAAGGACGGUGUGCUGGAGUAUGUGAUGAGCCGCGAGAGCCACAUCAAGCAUCUGAUCCUGGAUGCCACCAAUCUUGUGACAGAAGACUGCUGGCGGCGGUUCUUCCAGACGUGCGGCUCAAAGCUGGAGACCGUCAAGCUAUCGUACCUGGACUGCGCCUUCAACGACGAGACUGUCGAGGUGAUGGUCUCGAACUGCCCCAAUCUACGCCGUCUGAAGCUGACGGACUGCUGGAAAUUGACAUAUGACUGUCUCAAGUCUAUAGCCAAGCUGGACAAGCUGGAGUAUCUAUCUCUGGACAUGCGACAUCGCCAUGAGGAGGGCCACCCCGACUACAGGGUGGUGAAUGAACGAGACCUGGAGAGCAUCAAUGCACUGUUGAAAGCGAGAUGCGGCGGUCUUCGCACGCUCUCACUCAAGCACUUCAAGCCGAUGGACAAUUCCAGCCUGGCAAUCAUCCAUGAGACUGCCCGGCACCUGAGCAAGCUGCGUCUAUCCCACAACGAGACCUUUACUGACGCUGCACUGGCAUCUCUCUUCACGGACUGGCCAAACCCGCCGCUGACCUUUAUCGACUUUGCCAGCAACCGCUCCCUCGAGCCUCUAUUUCUGAUGCCUGGUGCUGGUAAUGGUGACAAUUCCGAUUCCAAUAGCAAUUCUAACAACAACGACAAUCCCGGCCUGGGCAGUGACGGCUUCCGAGCCAUGAUGUCCCACUCCGGCGAGAAGCUCGAGCAUCUGACCAUCUCGUCCUGCCGCCAGGUGGGCUUCAAGGCACUGGAGGAAGUCUUUGGCGAGGGCCAGACGUACCCUCACCUGCGCGAGAUCGACCUGUCCUUCCACACGCGCAUCGACGACGUGGUGAUGCGCCGACUGUUCAAGGCCUGUCCGGCGCUGCGCAAGGUGAUGGCCUUUGCAUGCUUCAACAUCGUUGCCGUCCAGCCGCCUGCCGGAGUAGCUCUGAUCGGAGGCCUGAAUGCGCACACCAUGUAG